AUGGCUGUGGAAAUGGAGAACCAGCGACUGGAAGAAGAAAUCUUUAACCUGAAGUUGCUAAGAGAGAAGAAGGUGGCCAAUUGGGAUUCUGAAAUGGUUGAGAUGCAUCGGGAGAAUCUUCAACAAAUGGCCCAGCUCCAAGCUGACAUUGGGAUGUUAAGACGGGAUGUCGUCAGAAUGCCCCCUCGAGCCCUUCAAGGGCCUCCACCUUUUGUACCUCUCAUGCCACCACCAAUGCUUCCACCCAUGCAUCCAACUAAAAAACUACCUGGGAGACCAGAAGCUGCCAUUGUAACAGGAGGGCUUGAUUCCAUGAGACCUCCAAGCCCGGCAGCAAACAGACACAUUAUGGAGCCUUUAGACGCACUGGGUCCCGCACCAUAUGACCCUGUGGCUGGCUUUGUCAUAUUCUAUGACUUUCUUCUUGGAUUGGAGCCAACCUUUCAGAAAGUGCGUCUACUCAGCGGGCUGUAUAGUAAUGGACACAGGAUGGGCCAAACCACUUCCCUGCCUGACGAGCCCUGUGAGAUGUGGCAUUCUCCGCAACACCUGACUAAUGCACCGAAAGGGAACAUUGCCAUGUUGGCCACAAAGCAACCAAUACCCAGGGUUCGUCCAGCAUCUUCCAUUGCUCUAGUUAUGGAGCUGCAGGCCUCAGGGGGGUUCAACCCAUAUGGCCAGGUGGUCCAACAUCUUUCUUCCUGCGGGUGGUCAAAGCUGGAUCUGUUUGACCAACACAAUCAGGUGCUGAGUGGACAUUGGACGCUGCCGGUGAGAGCAUUACCACUGAGGCCAGGACUGAGUACUGGACAACUCAACACAGUCCCACAGGUUGGAAAAGCAGAGCUUUUUCUACGUGUUACAAAUGCCAGAGAUGCUGAGCUUCCAUCACUCACAGAGAUAGACCCAAGGAAUGCUUCACUUUACCAGUAUCCUCCUCUGAUGUCUAACUCACCUGCUGCUGUAAUAGAAAACCUAACGCAUCGGCUAGCUUUUCACCCUUCUACCAAUGCAUUUCACAUGUCCCUUUCCCCUUACACUGACUAUGUUGAUCCACCCCCUGUUGAGGAACUUCCUAACCAACAGAAAAACAGUCAGAGGUGA